CAAUGGCAAAGCCUGCCAAGCUUUGCACCUUUGGGAUGUUCUGUACAGCUGAAUCGGUGCACGUUGCACCUGUGCCCAAACCCGCUUUGCAUGAGAGGUUCAAAAGUUUUAAGUUUCAAGGACUUUUGCAUGAAAUUGAAAAUUUGGGAGCGAGUUUUGCUCUACAAGAGUUUGCUUUUGAGGUUGCUCCGCUGGUACAAGCAUGAGUUCUUCAGCUGGACGAGCUCGCCAAGGUGCGACCAUUGUCAUUCCACGGCCACCAAGAUAGUUGGGAGUGCAAAGCCACUGCCAGAGGAGGAGCACUUCCAUGCUUCUCAAGUGGAGAUUGCACAGUGUUCCGCUUGCGGGCAACAGACGCGGUUUCCUCGCUACAAUGAUCCAGCCAAGCUAUUGGAGACUCGAACAGGUCGCUGUGGUGAAUGGGCCAAUUGCUUUACACUCCUUUGCCGUUCUCUAGGCUAUGAAGCUCGACAUGUGCAUGACUGGACAGACCAUGUUUGGACAGAAAUCUACUCGGACUCCGAGCAGCGGUGGCUUCAUGUGGAUUCAUGCGAAGCUGCCUUCGAUUCGCCUUUGAUGUAUGAGAAGAAAGGAUGGGGCAAAAAGCUGACUUAUUGCGUCGGGUUUGCUCGUGACCAUGUGGUGGACGUCACGAGAAGAUAUACGCACAAGUUCGAGGAGCUUCUUUCAAGACGGACAGCUUGCACAGAGAAGGAACUUGGCCAAGCUUUGUUUGCCUUGUCUGAAUUUGCCAUCGACAGAUGUUUGACGCAGUACCCUGAUAUCAUUCAAUCUGAACGUCGAAAGUUACUUGCGCAUCGAGCAUCUGAAGAAGAGACUCAAUUGGCACCGGUUGCCACGCGGAACACCAAGCCUGAAGAGGAGGUUGGGCGGACCAGUGGAGAUGCAGCCUGGCGACAGCAGCGGGGAGAGCUUGGUGCGAAUGAAGCAGCGAAGCAAAAGGCAUUGGAAUGCAGUGAGACUGGGCUGGAUGGGGCUGAGGCGCAUACAAGAUCUUCAGAGUCAAAUGCAGGGUGUUCAAGCGCAGAUGCACAAGCGUUAAUACGCUCCAGGGUGGCAAAGCUUGUGGCAAGUGGCCUGACCGCAAACGAUGCGUUGUUGAAGGUUUUGGCGGAUGCCAAGAAGGGGUGA